AAUUUAAUAUGUUGCAAUGGUAACUGUCUCUAGUAAAACAUGUAAUAUAAUACUUGGAAAAAUGAACUUAUUUCGGAUAUGCAUACAUCGGCUAUAUGAAAAGUAGACGAAAUGCCGACUGUUUCCGUGUCGGUAAUACCAGUUCCGGAAUCAGGGGUACCAAGGGCCGAUCGGCCUUUGGCAACAGUUAGUGAUGUACAUGGUCCAAGAAAUAAUAUUAUUAUGAAACCGACUGGAAGGAGGCCGAGUAUACUUUCUCAGUCAUUGAACCAUACUGUCUCAAUGACUUCGCACUUCACAAAACCUCUACAAAGUAAACACGAUGCCCCAACAUCGAUUGACUCAAUGGGAUAUGAAACACAAAGGGAUUCUAAAAUGUACGUUCCAAGAAUGAAUAAAUCUCUCGCCAUAAUUUGUUUUUGUUUGAAUAUCGCCGCACCUGGAACAGGUACGAUGCUAUCAGGGGUAAUGGUUCCAUUCUGCUUGACAAGAACUGACGAUAUGACAUGUGUCGAGAUCGUUAAAUCAAGCUGUCUGUGUAUGUUCCUGGGUCUGUUACAACUUGUCACCGUCCCGUUUUUUCUGUUUGGUUGGAUAUGGAGUAUCAUGUGGGGAGUGUCUUUCGUUGGAGCAAGCGCAUCAUAUGAAAUUUAUGGAGCAGGCAUAGAAACCAGAAAGCAUAAUCAAGUGCAGAUGGAAAACCAUAUUGAUAAAAAUCAUAAACUCAUAAAAACACCAUGAUUUGUACCAUAAGGUGUACUGCAAAUACCAGCGUUCAAAAUAAUAGAAAAAUGAUAAUAUAA